AUCGGGGCCCUGCAGUUUCAGAAACUCGGCGAUAAACAGAGGCGAAAGACGCGUCCCGAAGGGACGCUAUUUAAAGACCUCGAGUUCUACAGAAAAUUGUGGGUGGGUUCGGUCACGUACAAAGUAAUCCUAUCCACGUUUACACAGAAAUGCCUGUGACAGUGGGCCCAUAUGGCCAGUCUCAACCCAGUUGCUUUGACAGAGUGAAAAUGGGUUUCAUGAUGGGCUUUGCUGUUGGUAUGGCAGCAGGUGCACUAUUUGGCACAUUUUCUUGUCUCAGGAUUGGCAUGAGAGGGCGAGAACUGAUGGGUGGCGUUGGAAAAACUAUGAUGCAGAGCGGUGGAACGUUUGGGACAUUUAUGGCCAUUGGCAUGGGAAUCCGCUGUUAAUUUGGAAUGUUGAUUUUUUUACCAUGAAGACUAAUGCCCUGCUAGUUGAAAUCCUGCUAUGUAAUAUAAUAAAAGAACACAUUUGCACCAGGA